AAUCUAAAGCUCCUCCCAUAAGUCCUCUCUCCACACUUCACCCAAAGAUCCAGAACCCUGUAAUUCGAAACCUCCAAGAAACUCAAGCGCCAUGUCGCUCACGAUCCCGACGAAUCUCGUUCUCAACCCGAGAUCUAACAAAUCUCUCACUCAAUCCGUACCUAAAUCCUCCGCAAGAUUCGUCUGCUCCGAUGACAAAUCCUCCUCCACACCACAAUCCAUGAAAGCUUUCUCCGCCGCCGUCGCUCUCUCUUCCAUCCUCCUCUCUGCUCCAAUGCCAGCUGUCGCUGAUAUCUCAGGUUUGACUCCUUGCAAGGACUCAAAACAGUUCGCUAAGAGAGAAAAGCAACAGAUCAAGAAGCUUGAAUCAUCUCUUAAGCUUUACGCUCCUGAGAGUGCUCCUGCUCUUGCUCUUAAUGCUCAGAUCGAGAAAACCAAACGCAGGUUCGACAACUACGGGAAGUACGGCUUGCUAUGCGGGUCAGACGGUUUACCGCACUUGAUUGUGAAUGGAGACCAGCGGCAUUGGGGAGAGUUCAUUACUCCAGGGAUUCUUUUCCUCUACAUUGCAGGAUGGAUCGGGUGGGUUGGAAGAAGCUACUUAAUAGCUAUUAGUGGUGAGAAGAAACCCGCGAUGAAAGAGAUCAUCAUCGAUGUUCCUUUGGCUAGUCGGAUUAUCUUCCGUGGUUUCAUUUGGCCCGUUGCUGCCUACAGAGAGUUUCUCAAUGGUGAUCUCAUUGCUAAGGAUGUUUAAAAAACUUGCUUUAUGCUUUUGUUACUCUCUCUAAUCUCUUUGUUUUCCAUUGUACCUAUUGAAUUGUCGAAAACCUUUUAAAAUUUGGAUUGCGGAAGUAGAAAGACUCAUGGCUAAAAAGGUGAUUGUAAUCAUUUCGCGGUGUAGCGAUUGCUCUGUGAAGCCUCAAUUGCUUAAAGGGAAUUUCAUGAUAUAACGCAGAGUCUUAUGUUUAAGAGCAUAACUAAAUUUAAUUAGUGAUA